AUGCACUUCGGCGCUGGCAGCCUCGGCUUGCUCGUCUGCUUUAUGGGGGUCCUCGUCGGCACCAACCUCGUCGCCAUCAGCGUCCGCAUGGACGACGGCCCUGCGUCCAUUUUUCCGGUGGUGCCGGGAGGCGCACGAGCUCUCGGGGCGUUCGUGCGCCGCAACAUCGCCGCCGUGGGGCUCUUCAUGGCUUCCUGUGCCUUCGCGGCGCUCUCCUGCGAGGAAGACGCGGUGCUCUGCUUUGGCAUGUUCGUUCUGCUCCUGCUCGGGCUCACCCUCAUCAACGUCGGAGCUCGUGGCGAAUAA